UGAUCCGGUGAUCCUGUGAUGAUCCUGCGACUCCUGGUGCAGUAAAAUUCUAUCCGGCAUGUCCUUUCUGCUUGGCUCUCGUUCCAGCUACCGAGGGCUUCGUAAAUGCCCCAAAUGUGGCCAACACAAUGGUAAUCGGGCGAUGAAAUGUAAAAACCGAUCCUGCGACCAGGUGCUCCGGGUAGACGAUGGCCACGGAAAACGAGCUGAAGGAGGAAAACACGCUUCCGAAGCGGUGCAGGCCUUUGCGGUUCGCUUAGUUCACCCGGCAGCUGAUUCACCCCUCUACAGCGUAUCCCUAAACCCGGAGAACCGCUUUUUCGUCGAAUCAGUGAGCGAUCCCGACGGCCGCGUGUUGUUACGCUCCCUGGGCAACUCUUCAAUUCCAACAACCCUCUCGGAAUCGGUACGACAGCUUAUUCUAGACUGUAAAACUGUCGCAGAACCACUAACAAUCGACAGAAAUGCGCUAGAUACACUGGCUGCAACGAGUGUGGACAGACAAUCGAUCUGGGAUAGACAAACUCAGUGCAGUCCAGCGGCACUUGUCCAACGGCUUUCCGGUGAUCUGUUUGUCGUAGGACAUCCUUACCUGACCGCUGACUGUGGUAGCCUAUGGCAUGUCAAGGCCACUAGGAAAAAUCAAAAAUACUCUGAACUUGCCUGUGAUUUCUGCACGACGGUGCUACCAGAUACAAAGAGGGAACAGGCGUCCUGUUGGCAUGUACUGGCGACUGUGGCGGCACUGCUAAGUGCACCGCAUAAGUAUACCGACCGCCACUGGGGAACCUUGUUGCGCGAGUACGCCAACAAUCGGGUCUCCGAAGGGGGGUCCGCCAUCCCCGAUGAUACCAUGAAUCCGAUACUGUCGAUUGAGUUCCCGCUUGACUCAGCCCAGCCCCAGGCACCGACCGAAUGCAUAGCGAUCGCGGCUGACUCCAACGUAGAGCUGAUCGAUUUCCACGAUAGUCUGGUGGCCACAUCCUCUCUGACUCCGACCUUCGAGGCAUUCCACGAUGACGGCUGUGACGGGGGUGGAUUGAUUAUGCCCGAUCUGCUCGACUCCGGGGAAUCCAUCUACGAGCUAGCGAUCAGCGAUGAUCCUAUCCCACCGACUUCGAUGGAAAAUGACUGCAGUUCCGAUGUGUUUGCUACCUCCAUCGAAGAAUCCGAUCUGGCGCUGAUCCAGGACUGUCAGAUUGAGCUGAUGGAUCAGUUCGAUCUAACCGAUCGCAUCGAUUUCUGUCCUUCCGAUAUCGAGUGCGACGAAAGCUUGCUACUGGCCGUUCCAUCGAAUGUGAUCGAAUCGCCUUCCGACGAUUCCUGCUGUACCACGGCAGCAGAUCUGCUACAUGAAGACGUCGGUAAGCGCACGAAGGGAAAGAAACCUCCGCUCGUAGAAAUUACGACCAAAAAGUCGGCGCUCCGUCAGAUGAGCCGCUUGCCGAGGGAUAAGCUAACCCGCGGAAGCUACAGUCUGCGCAAGCUCAUGAAGACUCUCGAAUCGAACGGUAUACUGUUCAAUCGUAUACCCAGGACCAGUACGACGACGGUGUCGCCGGUGGUACCACCAUACGAGGCAUCGUUGUGCAAUUUAUCGUUCAUCUGCUGGCUGGAGGCGGUAAUCGAACAGCUCAACUCCGUCAUCGAGUACAGCUCGGAUGGACGACCCGGUCCGCAGACGUUUCGCAUUCAGGAAGAUUUCUUCCGCUGUCUUCGGGCCCGCUUUUCCAUUGGUCAUCAUUUACGGCAACCGGAUGAGAUACAGAAGCAACCGCAAGACCAAAAACCGGCAUCACAGCUCUUCAAAUUCGCACAUCACAACAGCCUUCUGCAUGUGUUUCGCACCGAACGCAUAGCGCUGUGCUUCGAGAAACACUUUACCCGCUCUUCCAGCGGCCAGUUUACAGCGAUCGAGAUCGAGGAUCCUCAAGGGAUGGCAGGUGGAGCUCCCACAGUUGUCACGGGCCGUCCGAUACGGCCGCAACUGUACAGUACGUUUAUUAAGCUGGGGCGCUACAAACAUGAGGCCGACCAGGAGCGAGUUUAUCAUCUCGAAUUAGAGUGGAUCGGUGGCCUUCUGCCACGCAGUGGUUUCGGUGAGCUGCGAAUCACCUUUGAGUUCGGACAUCGGGCCCAUGGCCGUUACGUGCCUCCGCCAACAUCCUAAUUACUUUUCUUUCUUUUCAAUUCAAUUCGCUUUAGCUCUAGUUCGUUAUA